CCCCCCUCAAUGCACAUCUUGCUUCAGAUCCUCGCUAUUGCCACGGCACUCAUUGGUGCAGGGUACAAGCUCUGGCUUGAGCCUCAGCUCAUUCAUCUCGGCGUCAUUGGACGUGUCAUUUCCCCUGUGGGAAAUACGGCGUGCACCGUCCUACCUGAACUCAGUGCCUGCGAAAAACUGGUACUUCAUCCGCCUAGUGGAAUCGUUUAUCUUGCUUGUUCGACUCCUGAAAGCCGCGCGUUAUGGAUGCCCGCUGUCCAACAACUCAAUGCUUCUGGUCCGGACAUCGACUACUUGGUCAUGUAUAAUCCCGACUCAGGCGUCAUUCAACGAUUGGAGCCUUCCUUGUCGGGACUUUCCGUCCAUGGCAUGGACGUUGUGGCCUCGAGCUCCAAUCCCGCGGAACUAUUCAUCUAUGCCGUCAAUCACCGGAAACCGAUCGGACCCAAAUCAGCGCUAACGGCCGGCGCAAACUCUACGAUUGAAAUAUUCAAGACAGUUGUUGGCAGUGGACAGAUUCUUCACGUGCAGACUGUCCACGACCCGGUGAUUAUAAGCCCCAACGACGUAGUAGGCAGUCCGGAUGGGUCUAGUUUCUUCUUUACCAACGAUCAUGCUUCAAAGCUGGGGGUGAGGCGGCAUUUGGGCAUUCUUGGGCUCGAUCCAGGUUCUGUUGGCUGGUGUCAUGUCUCAUCUGGAUGCAAGGUUGUGGCAUCGGGAAUACACGGAGCCAAUGGCAUCAUCGGUUCACCCGGAAACAGCACGUUCUUCGUUGCCAGCACGUUCACUGGUGGUGUUACCGUCUUCGAGCGGCAGAACGACAAUGCAUUUCUGAAAACGCAUCACAUCCCGAUUGACCGGGCAAUUGACAACCUUUCGAUGGACGAAAACGGGGCUGUCUGGGCAGCUGGUAUUCCUAUAGCUCCUGCGAUGCUUCGGCACAUUGCCAAUCCAUCCUCUCUCUCGCCUUCGUCAGCCCAUGUCAUCGCCAUGAAUACUGGGCCCGGCUCUUUCUACGGUGAAAAGUACACUGUCACAAAGAUUUUCGAGGACGACGGAUUGCUUGCACCAGGAACAACCACCGUCGCCUUUGACACGAGACGAAAUCGUCUCUUUCUUCACGGGAUUGCCGCACCCCAUUUGACGGUCUGUGCUAUUUAAGGGCUAAAGCAGUUUACUAGAUGCUGCCGGCGCGAUUCUACUCCGGAUCAGCUUGAUUAUAGAUAGUGGCAAUGUGCUUAUGGCCAUGAUUACAGCCACUUUCCAUGCAAAUCCAAUCGUAACAACAAAAGUCAGAUCUGACAUCGAUCAGCUUGACAUCAGACACGAGAGAGAGCGUCAACACUUCAGAGAUGACCAUGUAGACAUGCCUGGAGAUCCAUAAGCGUGGCGCAAACAAACGAGGGAAGAACUGACCAAAUUGUUAUCUCCAGGGCGACCAUAAUCAAUUCAUUCAAGAUGAGCGCCGUGAAGGAGAUGGAGACGAUAUGCAAAAACUCGUUUUCGAAGAGGACCAGGGACAUGAUCAUGAUCGCAGCCCCUUGGUAUACACUGAUCAUAAGCCACUGGAAGAAGGUUUUGUACGACAAAGCGCGUCCCUAAGGAGAAUGAGCGAAAGCCGUGCAAUGGAAUCUUCCACACCUUGGUGGUUUCUUUGUACAACUCUGGAUAGAGAAUGGCAAGAUCUUCGCUGACGUCCCGGUCCAGCACCAACGAAAAGACCGGUGCCAUGGUGUAGACAGUAGCGUAGCCCACCAUUAACCAGCCCUGGUAUAAUGCGAUCGGAGCAAAGAAGAAUAUGGCGGAGAAUACGGCCUGCAUCACCGAGAUGAUCAAGCCGCGAUGGAUUACAAAUUGCGCCAGCUUCGCAGACCGACGGUACGAGUUACGACCGUGCCAAAGCAACAGUUUAGUGAGGAAACUGAAUUGUGUGACAGAGAAAUCGGCGGCAAGGGAGGCUUGCUUGCCCUCCUUACCGACGAUUCCAACACCGACAUCGGCGGCUUGAAUCAUGCUGACGUCAUUGCCGCCGUCUCCGAUGCAGCAAACCCGUUUCUUGGUGUGAUGGCGGAUUAGACGGGCGACAUCUGCCUUUUGAGUCGGCGAGCAACGACAGGCGACAACAGCAGGAAGCUUGGUGGCGAUCUCGACGAAUUCGUUCUUGAAAAGGUCCAAGCAAAGUUGUAACGAUUCCCCGUCGAUCACCAAACAGCAGUCCAGCUUCGACUGGAGAAAUUCGAGUUCGUUUCUCACUUGAUCGGCGGUUUGGA